GAUGACCAGAGACUGCGGACACAGUACAGGAGAUGACCAGAGACUGCGGACAGUACAGGAGAUGACCAGAGACUGCGGACACAGUACAGGGGAUGACCAGAGACUGCGGACACCAGUACAGGAGAUGACCAGAGACUGCGGACACAGUACAGGAGAUGACCAGAGACUGCGGACACAGUACAGGAGAUGACCAGAGACUGCGGACACAGUACAGGGAUGACCAGAGACUGCGGACAGUACAGGAGAUGACCAGAGACUGCGGACACAGUACAGGAGAUGACCAGAGACUGCGGACACAGUACAGGAGAUGACCAGAGACUGCGGACA